CUGCUGUUUGGCUUUAACCCGGAAGGAGACGCGCUUUCGGCAGCUCUCCGGCGGCUGCUCGGUGAGUCGGCUCGCUCGCACCGGAGAUGGCUACGUUUUUUGGGGAGGUGGUGACACCCCAGUCCCGCGCCGGCUUGGAUGACGAGGAGGAGCUCGCAGAAGAGCGCGAGGAGACUCAGGAGGACCGUGAGAUUCGGCUGGCGCUGGAGAAGAAAAGAGACGUUUGUAUCACUUGGAACAUCUCAAAUAUAUCAGCAGAAGAAAAGUUCCCUUGCUCAAAGUUUAUCUUGGGUGUUGGAGGCAACGCAGUAGCAUUCUUGUCUUCGUUUAUUUUGAAUUCUGGAAGCUGGGAGCUGAUUGGAUCUGCCCAGUUAUGGAAUGAGUGGUGCAGAACAUCAAAAGUAACAAAUCUUCCAAAAGAUUCAUACUGUUGCUUUUAUCGGUCAGUUUCAGAUCCCACAAUUUUACUGUGCCAGUGCUACUGUUAUGUGGCCGAAGACCAACAGUUUCAGUGGGUUGAAAAGGUUUUCGGAUGCCUGCUGCACAUUGAUUUGCAAGUACUGGUUCUUUCAGCGUGUCCUGUAACAGAUUAUAAAUCCACUCAGUCCACUUUGACUCUCCCUUCACCUUUCCUGAAAGCAUUGAAGACAAGAGAAUUCAAAGAUAAAGUUUAUUGCUCUCUUUUAGAACAACCAAACAUUAUACGGGAUCUCCCAGCAGCAGUUCUCAGUUACUGUCAAGUGUGGCAAAUCCCAGCAAUAUUUUAUCAAUGUUAUACUGAUAUACUCCAACUGGACUUACUAACUAUUGAAACCUUCAAACCUGUCUUAUCAUCCAAAAUUCUAAAAAAAUUAGUGGAGGAUAUUUCAAGAAGCACAGAAAUAUGCAAAUUGGUGACACCUAACGACAUUCAUAACAUCUACACUUAAAAAUGACUUGUGAUCCUUCAAAUUUUGAUUAAGCUUCUGUAUUUACAAACUGCAACUACUUUGGAACACAGGGCCCCUUCAUAAGUGGGGCAUUCAUUAGUUUUUGUAUCACUGGGUCAUUUGGGGGGGGUAGGCUGAUUUAAAAAUUAAAAUAUGACCUUUUUAUUUUACACAAGUGGAAGAAUAUAUAUUUUUUCUUAAGAAUAUUUUAUGCAUUUUGCUUCCUACCCAUAAGUUACAACAUUGUUACCACGAGACAUAUUGCUGCAACAAUUGUGAUAGAUUUGAGGGGAGAAGCAAAGGGGGGGCAGAACAUUUUCUUAAAAUCAGUGGCAACUACUCAAGCAAUGGUGAGAGGAAAAUGCACAGAAAUAGCAUGAAUAUGAAAGCAGAAGGCUGGUGUUAGAUGAUUGAGUCAGAAAAACAUUAAGGAAGCUUGACAAAAGAGAUAGGGUUUUGGAAAACAUUCUUGGAAUUAGUGGAAAAGAGAAAUGAUGUAGCAGAAGUUGUAAUUACAGUGUAUACGUUCACACAAAGAGCAGUAUACUGCAUAGGUUUUGUUGAGCUUAAGUGUUUUGCUUCUGAUUGCAAGGCUUUGACAUUUUGAAUACAUGCUUAAAUCUCCACUCAGUUAAACUGCAAAAAUUUAGCUGAUAAUAAAAUACACACUUUGCAAAGCGGUUGUUGUGGCCUACCAGCAGACAGAUUCAGACAAUGAGGAGGUUGGGGAG